GGCGACUCUCAGGAGCUGCGGUUUUAUGAAGUUAUUGCGAGACGUGUUGCCCUGUCUGUGUAGGCCUAUGUGUGCCGGACUUUACGUUCAAAAAACUUUUCUGUGCUUGAAAUUUGGGCUUCAUAACCAGGCACUUCGGGUGUUAUAAUAAUAAUAAUAAUAAUAAUAAUAAUAAUAAUAAUAAUAAUAACUUUUGCAUGUACAGUAUUUUUAGACUUGUUAAAGCCUUCUAUAAAACGUGGGUAUAGUGACGUGUUUGGGUUUUUGAAGCAGCUCUAGGUCAAUUUGUAUUUUUCUAUUUUAAUAGAUACAUUAAAAAAUAUAUGAUGAGGGUUUUUUUUAUUAAUAUAUGAUGGUUUGUGUUAUUAUGUGACGUUAUUGUUUAUUUCUUAGCAGACGCCCUUAUCCAGGGCGACUUACAAUUGUUACAAGACAUCACAUUAUUUUUACAUACAAUUACCCAUUUAUACAGUUGGGUGUUUUUACUGGUGCAAUCUAGGUAAAGUAACUUGCUCAAGGGUACAGCAGCAUCAACCACCUGGGAUUGAACCCAUGACCCUCCGGUCAAGAGUCCUGACCACUAGUUCUGAAACUGGAUUUUGAUCUGCGGCAGCGGCGCAGUCAGCCACACCCAGUGCACAUAGUUGUGUAAACGUUCAGGUAGGGUACUCGGCUCGCUCUGUUCCGAGUCGUGGUUAUAACCCCACCCUUCUGCUUGUUUGCUAUCAGCUGCUGCAGUUUCGGUUUUACUUCUGUUUCUUUUGAUGACACUAUGUAACACAAUUUUUGUUCCUGGGUAGUAAGUGUUAUUUCCUAAUUGCUUAUGCCUCAAAAGUAUAGAAAAUGGCUAUUACUCCCCACAAACUUUGCUUUUGUGACCAGGACAGUGAUAUUUGGAAAUUUACCUAUUUCCAAUGAGAAAACGGGCGAAUUUGUGUCUUUUCGUUCACAUAAAGUCAGAAAAAAACAACAUAUGAAUCCAAAUUAACAUGUAUUUAUACUAAAGUAAUACAAAAAUGACUACAAAAGAUUUAGAAGUGAGUAGUCUUUUUGGUUGGGGUAGUAUGGGUUUCUCUCCUCAGCUCCACCUCUGAAAUUGUCAUCUGGAUCUACAACGUCUUCCUCGCUCUCUGACUUGCUGCUCUCUUCUAAAGACGGCUGCUCUCUCUCCGGAGGAGUGGGUACGGGGAGCUCAUGGCAGUGUGGCACCGGGGCGAUGGAUGAAGGAAGGUCCGGAUACGUGAUAGCAGGUGGAGUUCGGCGGGCGCUGCAUGCUGUACGGGAGCGUCGGCUACAACGCGACUUCCGAGGAGUUCUCCGUUUCCUCUUCCAGCAACGCCUCUCUCUGCCUCUUCGUGUCUAUCAUCUCCGGCCUGAUCUCCAUCUACUGCUUCUUUGUGGUGCUGUACUGUAUCUACGCCAGCUGUGUCGGUGGAGUCCAACGGGGCUCAGUGGGGGUGACAUUGUCUCUGGCCCUCGCUGCCAGUUUCCUGUUUUUCCUGCUUAUCUCCGGCUGCAUCCUGAAUAUCGGACUAAACAGUCUCUGUCAAUCCAUCACUACGGCCAAGGAUUUAAAAAGCUGUCAGGAUGCUCAGUCGAAGAACUGGAGCGAACCUUACAAAGCAUAUCAGUUCUACACCAGCCUCCACAACGCAGAGGUCUCUGCCUGGGUGAAUUUCUUCUUGUGGGUCGUGACUCUGAUUCUGCUGAUCGUCCAGAGAAAGCGAGGGGCGCAGUACACACAACUGAGUGGCGCUGGAGAUUUCGAGAGGAGCACCGCCACACAACUGAGUGGCGCUGGAGAUUUCGAGAGGAGCACCGCCACACAACUGAGUGGCGCUGGAGAUUUCGAGAGGAGCAUCGGUGUGACUGACCUCAUCAUCCCCAGGCUCCCGAGGCCCCGGAGAUGGAGGAGAGGGGGGAGAGGGAGGAGAUGGAGGAGAUGGAGGAGAUGAGGGGGAAGAGAUGGAACCCGGACAGGGGUGUCGUUUCAGAAAAAUCCUGGAGGGCAGACAAAAUGUCAACAUUGAAAAUUCUCUGUCCCAAAUAGCAUCGUGAAUGAGAAAAAACAGGCAGGAAUUGAGGCAGUUUACAACGAGAUGGCACAUAAAAAAAAACUAGGCUACCUUUCCCAGUGCAGCAGGGCAGUGUGUCCCUCCUUCCUGACUUGUAUCUAUCAUUGAUUCAUUCUGAAUACUUCACAGCAGAAUAUGAGGCUUGUUCACGGGAUUUAAAGCUGUGUUACAGUUAAGACACGGAGGAUUUAAAACAGAAUUGUAAAUUUUGGCGAAAUGCAAAAAAAUGCCUAGACCCACAAAAACUCCAGAAGAAUGUGCCUGUGACCUCGAGACAACAAUUCUCAUUCAAGUCUCUUAAAGAGUGGCCUGAACUAUAGACUAGGAUAUCCUGGUUCACUUAGAAAAUAAACUAAUACAAAAAAAAUGAUUAUGCGUUUGCACAUACGGGGGCUUAUUGCUGUGCUAUAACCCCCCCAGCCCCCCAGCCCCCCCGAUUAAAAACAAUUUGAAAGAGUUUUCUGUAAACCGGAAUGAAACCGCUGGCCUUCCAUGAAGCACACAGGCAGAAGAAUGAACCAGCAGUAUGCUGAACCAAGUCUUUCUGUCAGGUCACGCUUGCUAUGAUAAGGAUGACGGUUUCAUACGCACAGCGCAUGUCCACAAAAAAACCUGUGUAUCUAAAAAAACAUUUUUACAAAACGCCACACAAAACCCAGGAAGCACACUUCAUUCACGCUGCAUUGUAUCAAUCUUUCAUUGAUAAAAGGAAGGACACGGCGUGACAUUUGAGGGCUUUUUAAUGAAACGAUACAAAAAGUUGUCCAACACUGCAAUGGGCUGCCAUAAAUAAUUAAUAAAAUCAAAUAAAAUUUG